AUGGUAAAGACGAAGUUCACAAGGAAUGGAAGGGAGGUAAUGAUUUUCGGAGCGAUGAGAAAUUUCGAUUACGGGAGUGACGAGUCGAAGAAGGGUGGAGAACGCGAUGCUUCUGUGAGUGGAGAACGCGAUGCUUCUGUGAGUUUGUCAUCGCCGGAGAGAUUGAGGAUCCGUAAAAGCGUUGAAGGGAUAUCGAUGUUGGCAUCUACAGAGGCGUCGAAGGCGUCAAAGACAAGGCGGGGAACUUCAUAUGGGUCGCCUGCGUCAUCUCCGGAGAAGACCACGAGGCGGGGAACUUCAUAUGGGUCGCCAUCUCCGGAGAAGGCCACGAGGCGUGGUUCAACUCUGUCUCCUAGAGUUGCGAAGAAGCAGAAGGUAAAUGUGGCUCCUUCUGGUGAUGACAGAGAAGAAUGGCCAGAGUCUGAGAUGUUGGCAUCAGCAGUUGCGAAGAAGACAAGGCGGAGAACUUCAUAUGGUGGGUCGCCUGUGUCUCCUAGACAAUCGAAGAAGCAGAAGGUAAACUCGGAGAAGAGUCUAGGUGAUGAUGGUGAUGACAGAGAAGAAUUUCUCCAGAUUGUGGUAAAUGAAGAAGAGGAAUUUGGGGAUAUAGGUGAUGAUGGUAGGGAAGAUGAGAACGCAAAAAAUGAUGACUGUGAGGUUGAUGAAGACGAAGGGGAUGAUGAUGAAUGGGAUGAUGAUAAAAUCUCUGAUCAUGUGUCAUCAGAUGAUGAGAAUGAAGAGGAGAUGAUACCUGCGCAAGCUUACAGAGAAGACACUGAUCCAGAGGAGCUCCUUCAGCUAGGCAAGACAUUUUCAGAUGCUGAGGACUUCAAACAUGCUUGUCUCAGGUAUACCCUGAAAACCAGAUACAACAUCAAGUACUACAGAUCCAGUAGCUUGAAGAUGGGGGCAAAAUGUGCCGCUGAGAUGAGAGAUGAUGAGGCUCCAUGUCCCUGGAUGGUCUACCGUUCGUAUGAUAGGAGGAAACAGAAGUUGAUGGUAAAGACAUACGUCAAUGACCAUAAGUGUGAGAGGACAGGGUAUUCCAAGAUACUUAAGAGGUCAGCAAUUGCAAGUCUAUUUGCUGAGAGGUUAAGGCUGAAUCCUAAGCUCACAGCAAAGGAGAUACAUGAUGAGAUCUUAAGGGAGUAUAAGAUGGAAGUUUUAGAAAACUCAUGCAUUAAGGCCAAGACGAAGGUGAUGAAAGAAAAGAGGAAAACCCAUGAGGAGCAUUUUGAUAAAAUCUGGGAUUACCAAGCAGAGAUAUUGAGGAGCAAUCCUGGAUCAACCAUGGACAUUGAGACCAUACCAGGAGCCACAGUUGGAAGCAAGCAGAGGUUCUACAGGCUCUACAUGUGUUUCCAAGCACAAAAGGAAGCAUGGAAGAAGACUUGUAGGCCUGUUAUUGGCUUUGAUGGAGCCUUUUUGAAAUGGGACAUCAAGGGACAGUUGUUGGCUGCGGUUGGAAGAGAUGGAGACAAUAGGAUUGUCCCUAUUGCUUGGGCUCGUUUGGCCUUGGAUUUGGGAUUGGAAGAUGGGAACGGCUUUGUUAUAAUGUCUGACAAACAAAAGGGAUUAGUGAAGGCAGUUCAUACCCUCCUUCCAGAAGCUGAGCAUAUACAGUGUUGUUGCCAUAUAUACGAGAACUGGAGGAAAGGUGGAAAAGAUCUAAGGUUACAAAGGUUCUUCUGGUUCAUUGCAAGGAGCUACACUCCUGGUAUGUUCAACUACAACAUGGACGAGCUUAAGAACUAUGAUCCUAGCGCACAUGCAUCUCUGAUAAAGACAAAGCCAGAGACUUGGUCUAGAGCUUUCUUCAAGAUAGGCUCCUACUGCAAUGAUAAUCUGAACAACUUGUGUGAGUCCUUCAACAAGACCAUCAGGGAGCCUAGGAAGAAGCCUCUGCUAGACAUGUUAGAGGAGAUAAGGCGCCAAUGUAUGACUAGGAACUACAAUAGGUCUAAGAUGGCUAAGGACAGGAAGACUAGGUUCACCCAGAAGACACAUAAAGAGUUAGACAGGGUUGAGAAGAAGUCAAAAGAGUGUAGUCUGCGUUGGGAAAUUGGGCCAGAGACUGAGGUGGAGGAUAAAGACCAGUCAUAUGUGGUGAAUUUGGAGAAUGAGACUUGUGCAUGUCGAAGCUGGCAAAUGAAUGGUAUUCCUUGCAUCCAUGCUGCUAAGGUCAUCCUUGGUGUGGGAAGAAAACUUUCUGAAUUUGUUGCUCCUUGCUACACAACCUCUAACUGGCGUGAAACCUACAGUUUUGGUUUCAGACCUGUAAAUGGGAUGAUAGAGUGGCCUCGGACCAAUAGAUUAGGUGUGAUUCCACCACCUAAUCGAAAUGGCAAGCCUGGUAGGUCUAAAAACCAUGAUCGAAAGAAGUGA